AAAAAUAUGACACGAAUAGAUUUUGAAAUAUCUAGUCAAUUAAUAAAACCGUCAAAAGAUGUGGUGAAAAGGAAAUUAUAGUAUUGAUUUCCAGAAUUAUUUAUGUACUCGUUUUUUUGGAAAAUUAAUUUUAAAUUCCAUUAGUUCUUUCGGCACGAUUGGAAAUGAAAUUUCCACCGCUGAAAUUCGAAAAUUAUGAGCGACGAGCCAAAUAUUUCGUUUACAAAACCGAGCAUGGGGGCGUUCAUAUUAAAUUCAAAAUGAAAAAUUUUAUGGAUAGCAGAGUGCCCAAAUUAUCCGGUGGAAUAUUAGGAGAACAAUACGUAUUAGAUAACCUACAUUUUCAUUGUUAUUCGGAUCACAUGAUAUACGGGAAAAGUUAUCCAGUAGAAGCGCAUUUUGUUCAUUAUAGAAGAUCGUUGGGAAGCAUGCGAAUCGCCAAAUCUUCAAAAAUAUCAGACGCGAUUGCUGUGGUAUCCAUAAUGUACGAAGUAUACAAUACGAUGUCGCCUAAAAUUGCCCUAUUCGAAGCCAUACAAAAAUGCCAUUCCAACUGUUGUCUGCCUACCGAAGCUCAGUUUAGAUUAAGGGACAUACUUCCAUCAUAUCUCAGAAGCUAUUACAUUUACAGGAAUUUUGAUAAUAUGAAUAAAAUUUGGAUCGUUAUGACAGUACCCGGUAUAUUAUCGUACUGGCAGUACUCGCAAUUGAUUAAUCUCCUUGGAUCGACUAACAAUCCCACCCAAGAACUGGCCACCAAAUACGCCAGUUAUAUCAUUAACGGUUGCGUCCUAAAUCCUGUCAAACCGAAUACAAGCCCUACCUGUACCAAGGUCAAAAAGAAAUCCACCAUUUAUACCCAGUCACAACCAAGUAACUAUAAUACAUGGUAUUAUGGAGCUCAGAUGUAUCCUAUGGUUCAGCCACUGCCCAAUAAUAAUAUAGAAGACAACAAAAUUGAAAAUUUUGAUGACAACAAUGGGACGAGUUAAUUUCUUG